AUGACCCCGACACUCAUGACCCUGCUCUGCCUUGGACUGAGUCUGGGUCCCAUGAUCAAGAGCAGACAGUUGAAGACUCUCCCCAAACCCAUCUUCUGGGCUGAGCUAGGCUCUGUGAUCAUCUGGAGGAGCUCUGUGACCAUGUGGUGUCAGGGGACUCCAGAGGCCCAGAUGUACUAUUUGGAUAAAGAGGGAAGCUCAUCAAUCUGGGACAGAAAGAACUCCCUGGAACCUGGGAACAAGGUCAAGUUUAACAACCAACGCAUGACAGACCACUAUGCAGGGCGAUAUUCUUGUCACUAUCACAGCCCUGCAGGAUUGUCAAAGACCAGUGACCCCCUGGAACUGGUAGUGACAGGAUCCUACAGGAAACCCACCCUCGCAGCCCUGCCAAGUCCUCUCAUGAUCACAGGAGGGAGCAUUACCCUUCAGUAUGGCUCAGGACUAGGUUUUAGCAGGUUUGUUCUCACUGAGGAAGGAGAAAACAGGCUCUCCUAGACCCAGGAUUCACAGCAACACUCCUAUGGGCAGUCCCAGGCCCUGUUCCCUGUGGGCCCCAUGAAGCCCAGUCACAGGUGGAAGUUCAGAUGCUAUGGCUAUUAUAGGAACACCCCACAGGUGUGGUCAGAACCAAGUGAUCCUCUGGAUAUUCCGAUCACAGGAGCAGCAGAGAUCACCAGCCCAUCACAGAACAAGUCAGACUCCAAGACUGCCUCGCAGCCCCAGGAUUACACAGUGGAGAAUCUCAUCCACAUGGGCAUGGUUGGCUUGAUCCUAGGGGUACUUGGGAUUAUACUAUUUGGUGCUUGGCACAGCCAGAGAAUUCCCCAGGAUGCAGCCAGAAGGUAA